AUGUCUGAAGAAGUUAAUAUUAGAUCGAAGCAUUUAACAACCACCGAGGAGGAGUUUGAGGGUUUUCAAGCAAAUUCGAUUUAUGAAGAAGAAGAAUUUAUUACUUUGUCAGAUCUAGUGUCUCCUCAGGAUGAGGUAACGGUAGAGUAUUCCGACAAUUCUGCAGCAGUGCUGGAAAAUAGUGACAUUAGUGAAAAUUUAGUUUUUGAAGAUGUUGGGCUUGCAGAAAUCGAAAUUGAUGGGGCCUCACUCCAAGGCCCUAAUAGCGAAUAUAACCUCGUAUUAGGGGACGAAAGUAAUGAGAAUUUUUUUAAUUCUAAUGAAGAUUAUGUAGUACCUCAAUUAAAGACCAAAGGAAGAGGUCGUAAAAGAAAAAAUGAAUUAAUUAAAAAGUCGCAGACAGCAUCUAUCAUAAAUAUAAUUAAAAGAGGUCGUGGAAGAGGCAGGGGAGGAGUACGAGGAAGAAUAUGGGGAAGAGGCAGGGGAGGAGUACGGGGAAAAGGCAGGGGAGGAGUACGAGGAAGAGGUAGGGGAGGAGUACGAGGAAGAGGCAAGAAAGUACUACCAGAUAUUCGUGAAAAAAAUUCUAACAAUCAAACUCUUAUAGAAACUGUACAAAGCCCUUCAUCAGGUAGCAAUGAAACUCCUAUGGAAAUAAAACCUUGUGUUAAGAAAUCAAAAAGAGGAAGCAAAAGUAAAAAUGUUGAAAAUUUCGAUCAAACUGACUCUCAAUUUGAUCUUAAUAAUGCCAACAAUGUUACUUCGACUAUGAAUAACUUGCUUAAAAAAGGAAAAUCAAAAUUAUUAAGUAUUGAAAGUGUGACAACUAGUCAUGUAACUGAAUCUAAUAAUUCUGAUAACUCACACAAUGAUGAUAUAAAAGCGACCAAAAAUAAAAAGAAAGGACGAAAAACAAAGUCAAAACAAAGUACUUAUGAUGAAAAUUGUGACAUUUCAGAAAUAAAUAUGACUUCUGUUACUGAUAUAACUUCUAUUGAACAUGAACCCUUAAUUAAAGACAAUAAUGAAAUUGAUUUACAGAAAAAUAUUAUUGAUUCAAGUUCAAUUGCUCUAGAAAAUAAAGAAAAUAAUGAUGUGGGUGACGAUAUUUGCUUAAGUGAAUUAAAGUCUCGGCUUGAAAAUGUUGAGAGAAACAAUUUUCAUAUUGAAAAUUACUUACAGAGUAGAGAAUCUGAUAGCAAUGAAUCUUCCAAAAUCCUCACAGCAAAUCUUCUAAAUAAACCGCUUCCAGGUGAUACGGAGAAUAACAUUGUAGAGGUACAAAAUGUUGAAAUAAUAGGGAGUGAUAAAAUGGAGAUGAAAAAUUUGGAAACAUCUCCCAUUAUUUUAGAUAAUAAAAGACCUUCUCGGAAUCGAAAUAAACCUGUUUUUAAAUAUGAUGAAACUGGUUCAGAAGAGGAAGACCCUUUUGCCAAUAUAGAGUUAUCAGAUGAUGAACCCAAUAAGAAGAAAAAAGGCAAAUAUAACUCUGAUGAUGAGUAUGUACCAGGAAAACGACGAACCAAAAAUUCCUCCGACUCCGAUGAUUUUGACAAUGAAGAUGAAGGAAGAUGCAAAAAGAGAAAAUUUAAUAUUUUUGAUAAAAAUGGAAAAAUAAGAAGUCCUAAGAAAAAACGAGCCCAAAAGCUAAGUGACGUGAAAGGACAUACAAGAGACCCUUCAGAUAUAAUAGAUAUUGAAGAUUCUUUAAAAAGUUCUGUAGUACUUAAAAGCUCCCAGGAUGACAUUACUGACUUUCUUGCCAAAAAAAUUCAAGGUACAGAUAUUAAAAUAUUUAAAGCAAAGCCAACAGAUACAUCACAGACAACCUUUGAAAUUCCAGUAAUAGACCCAAAUGAGCCUAAAAAAUGUGUUGAAUCUUCUGCUCAGACAAAUAUUAUUAACAUUAAAUCAGCUGGCGUUCAGACAGAUACACAGUAUGAGUGUGGCAUGAUGAAACAAGUCACUUUAUCAUCUGUUCAAGCAGAAAAAGCUUGUGAGUUUUUAAAAAAUAUUGUUAGUACAACUGCUGAAUUAGGGGAACUUAUGACCCAAAAGUCUCAGGAGUUCAUUGCAAAAAAAAUUAAUACAGAUCAUGUUACAGAUACGUUAAAAAUGGAUUAUUGUGUUAAAAAAUCCUUCUUGUUGUUUAAACUUGCCAAGCAUAAUCUGUUACAGAUGGAGGAAGACUUAGAAAAACAAUAUGAAGAUUUUUUAAAAACUAAUGACCUAAUUCAGUACAGAGAACAGAAAAAAGAAAUUACUCCACAACCUAGAGAAGACAGUGAUUGUGAAAUUAUUGAAGUGCCAGACUCAGAGACAAAGAAAACAAAUUCUAAAGAAAAAACUGCUUUUAAUCCCAAAACUGUGUUUUUAAAUAAGGAACUUUCAAUAAAAAUUGCCAAGAAAACACAAGAACAACCAGCAACGCAGAAAGAAAAGACAAAUGUUAAGGGUAAACAUACUGUUUGGAUAAAUGAUUCAAUAAUGGUGAAAAAAGUUAAACGUACACAGUCUUUUUUAGCCCAGGACAGCCGAAACAAAAAACCACCUGAUUAUGUAACAUUGGAAAUGGUUAAAAAGUUUUUUGAUGAAUACACAAAACAAAAAAUGCUAUUAAUUUGUAAAAGAUUUAACUCGGUUAAAUGGCUAUCUUCCCAUCAAGAAAUAAUAUGUAAUUACUUUAUAAAAGGUGCCAGUGAUAUUGGGAGGUCUAAAAUUACCGAAGAUGUUUAUUCUCCAGCUUCCAACUGUCUGAUAAGAAAUAAUGAUAUAUCAGACACAAUGAAGUCAGAUAAAUUAACAAAAGCAAGGGAAAAAAAUGUGAUCAAUCCAAAAACUUUAUUUACUUUAUGUGUAGAAAGUUUUAAAAACCAAUAUCAAAAACCAAACCCAAAAACUUUGUUUACUCUUUGUGUAGAAAGCUUUCAAAAACCAUCUAAAACAUUCAGUCCAAAAAGUUUAUUUACACUAUGUGUAGAAAGUUUUCAAAAAUCAAGUCAUGAUCCGAAAUCUUUGGUAACAAUUUGUGUAGACUUUAUUCAGAACCAAAUUCUAUAUGGAAAUGCAAGCUCUGUUAAAAUUAAUACAUCUUGUAUGCAGCAAGAUGAUUCUAUAAUACCUUAUUUUCAAAAUAAAGAAGUGAAGUCUCUGAAGUUCCUAUGUUUAGCUAAUUUGAAUAAGCUUAUGAUAAAUUGUAGACAAAGCAAUGUAUUUAACAUUGUUACAAGUCAUAUUGAAUUAGAUGAUAGGUCAUCUAAACAUGAAUUUAAAUGUCUGUCUACAUUAUGUUUAAUGAAAAUACAAGGAUACUCUCUACCUAACAAGCGAAACAACUGUGUGAAUUCAUUAUCUCUUAUGACUUUGCAAGUUAUAAAUAAACUGAUGUCAAAUCAACUUGUUACUAAUUCUAAUAGUCAAAACAAAAUAAGAAGACAGAUAGAAAGAACUGAAGAUACAUUAUUAUACUUAAAUGAACCAGUCGCUAUGACAAUGGACUUAAAUGAGGUGAAAGACUAUGAAAACGAUAGUGAUAGUGAUGAUUACUAUGACUAUAAUUCUGAAUCGAAUUAUGCAGAGAAAGCCACAGAAGCAACUAGUUGGGUCUCUAAAGUCCAAUUGCAAGAUUUACAUUCUGGUGCCAAAUCUUUACUUCAAAGUGGCAACCAAGAAGAUGCUAACAUAAUCUGUAAUGUUUAUUCAAAAGAAUGCAGACUAGAACAAAUAAAAUUGGAGCCAAUUGAUGUACCAGAAAUACCAACUUCUUUUGAAGCUGUUAAAAUGGAACCUGUUGAUGUCACUGACAAUGAUGGAAGCAUUAUUGCAUCUAGCAGCUUUUUAACUAAAGAAGAGUAUAUUGAUCAUAUAUGUGAAGAAAAUAGACCAAAAGGAUCUUUGAGUUCAUAUGAUGUUGAUCUAUUUGAAUCAUUUGUGCAGUCAAAUAAGAUGAUUAAAGAUAUAAAUACAAGUUAUUUAUUAUCACAUAGUGAUGAGAUCUUUAGCCAAAGUUCUCAAAGAGUUCGCAGGCAAUAUGAUCCAGAUUCUGAUGAAGAAAAUAUAAAUUCUGUAGACAGUAUGGGUCUAUUAGUUCCCCAAACCAUUGAACAAGCAAAGGAGAGUUUGUUAGGAAAUAGUUCUGAUGAUGAUGGGGUAAUGCAUCUGGAUAAGUCAGUUAAAAAAAGGCCUAUUCGUUCUAAAUCAGGAAAAAAGAAAGAAUUAACAAAUACUAAAGAAAAUAAAAUUGGAAAGGAACUAGAGAUUUGUGCAAGAAAAAUGAGAGGAAAGAUUAGACUAGAAGAGAGACGACAAGAAAACUCUGACUCAGAUAGUGAUAUACCUUUGAUAUCAAGAAAAACAAGGCAGUCUGAAUUACCUGAAACAAAUGGUAAUAAACGUGAAUCUGAGAAUAUAGCUAAACCUUCUUCAAAUGAAAAUCUAAUUUCAGAUAAAGAAAUUCAAUGUAAUGACGUGGAUUCAACUGAAUUUAUAACCCAAGACAAGUCCAAAAAACCCCGGAAAGCUAAAAAGUGGCAUAAGAAUAUUGAUAACAUUCAAGAGAAUUCACUGAAUUAUGACCUAGAAGUACCUUCUGAACUGUUAGAAUGUGAACCAGAUAUAUCAAUUGGAACUAAUAAUAUAUGUUCUGUAAUAGGUAAAGAAACAAAUAUCAACGAGUGUAAAGCCAUGUCUCAGCAAAAUUUAGAAAUAAACAUAACAAAUGUACCGAAAUAUGUUGAACGAAAUGGUUGGAAAUGUUACGAAAUAGAUCAUAAAGAUUCCAAACUUUAUGACGAGGUAUCGAUUGCAUUAGAUAAGCUUCCUGAAUCCUUUAUAAAAACAUAUAACAGAUUUCAAGGAAUUAACGAUAAAAGUGAGGACGACACGGAAGUUGAUAGACUAAUAAAUUUAAAUUCAUUACAUCGUAAUUUAUCUAAAGAUAAAGAUAGGGGCACAAUCAAAGAGAGGAAGAGCUUGAAAAAAAUCAAUAAAGUAGUCACUAAGCAGGAAAGUAAUGAUAAAAACUAUGAAAAUGAGCAUUUUGCAGAACUUACUCCAUCCGAAGACGAAACUGCAGAUAUAGGGGUUCCAGAGAUACAAGAUACAGAUAACAAUCUGGCUAAGAAUCUUCUUUUGGGAGACAAUGAGAGUGAUUCAGAACAAGUAAAUGAAUCAAAUGGAUAUAUUGAAGUGAAACAGGAACCGGAAACUUCACAAGGAACUAAAAUUAAUUCAAAAUCCAAAACUAAAGUUAUAAAGACCGCAGAUGGAGUUGACGUCAUGCUCACGGCAGAUAUAAUGAUGAAUAAAGAGUUGACUCUCCUACAUACUCCAGUCGCUCUUAAGGAGGAAGUGGCGCCGACAGAUUCGAAAGACUUUCAGAAAAUUAGGAACUCGUUUAAAGCUGGAGUAAAGAAAUCAAAACUAAGUGCUGCAAAAGACGACGAUGACUCCUCAUCAGAAGAAGAGAAGCAGUGGGUUAACAGAAAAGAAAAAAUGCUCAAACGAAUGGAGAAAAAACAAGAAGUAACUCAAGAGGACGAAGCGAAAGGAGCGAAACGCGUGAGCGAAUUUAUUGAAAAGUGUGAUGGACCGAGGCCUGUCAGGGGAAGAGGAAAGAGAUCCCGGAAGAAGUUACUCGAGAAACGGAAGCAGAUGAAGGUCUUAGCUAAAGAACUUUUGUUUGAAUCUGGAUCCGGCAAAAGAUCCUCGCAAACCUAUGGAAAGGGGCGUCGGAAUAUACGAAAGGUGAUAGACAAGAAGUCCCUUCAGCGAGACACAGUGAGGGCGAACAUGCAAGAGUUCGAGAGGAAACAGAGGCUCGCUCAUCGUUUGGUUGAAUUGAGAGAACGACUGGGCUGCGAAGAAGGAGUGAACGUGGUCGUGAUAAAUGGCGAGCUGUGUCUGCAGUACGACUUCGACAAAAACGCGCCCGUCGCCAGCGUACACCCCUACUUCACCGGCGUCAUGAAGGCUCAUCAGUACGAAGGAGUGAAAUUCAUGUGGGACGCCUGCUUCGAGACCGUGGAACAAGUGAGCGGCGGUCAUCCCGGAAGCGGUUGCAUCUUAGCGCACUGUAUGGGCCUCGGGAAGACGCUGCAAGUCCUGGCUCUGUUACACACGGUUCUCACUCACCCGAUGCUGAACAUUCGUCGGGUGUUGGUGUGCUGCCCUCUGUCGACUGUUCUCAAUUGGGUGGACGAGAUUCAUAAAUGGAUAGGUCCCGUGACAAACGAAAUUAAGGUGUUCGAGUUGUCAAAACUGAAGAAAACUUACGAACGGGCUUACCAAUUAGAGGAUUGGUACAGCGGAGGUGGAAUAUUCAUCGUCGGCUACGAACUGUUCCGAAGUCUCACGACGCUGGACGCGGACAUCGAUGACGUCAGACCGACAAUUAUUAAGAAGAUUCGCACGGCCCUGUUGGACCCGGGCCCCGACGUGGUCAUAUGCGACGAGGGACAUCUGCUGAAGAAUGACAGCUCGGUCUUGGCGGUGGCCAUGAGCAGGGUGACCACCAACCGCCGCAUAGUGCUGACCGGCACUCCGAUGCAGAAUAACCUCAGAGAGUACUACUGCAUGGUCAACUUCGUCAAGCCACACCUCUUGGGGACGUACUACGAGUUUUCAAACAGAUUCGAAAACCCGAUCAUGAACGGCCAGCACCGAGACUCGAUAGAGGAAGACAUAAGGCUGAUGAAGACCCGGACUCACAUCCUGCACAAAGUGCUGGAAGGCUGCCUCCAGCGCCAGGAGGCCUCGGUGCUUUACCCUUAUUUGCCCAAGAAAUACGAGUACACGGUGUUCAUCCCCUUGACCGAGUGCCAGCGGAACAUGUACAAGCACUACUUGGAGAACUACGCGAGGAGAGGCAGGCAGAUGGUGCUCAAGGACUUUCACACGCUGCAGAAGAUCUGGACGCACCCGCAAGUGCUGCACAAUUUCCAAACUAAGUCCAGGGACGAGGGGAAUAAGAAUAUUAAAGUCGAAAAGCUGGAGGACGACCUGGCGCACGAAGACAUCGCGGCGUCGGAAGACGUGAAGCCGGCCCCGACCGAGAUGUGGUGGCCGCAAUACCUGGAGGGGGGCGACACGCUGAACUCCUUGCACAGCUCCAACAAGUUCCAGGUCGUCUUCAACCUGCUCGACGAAUGUGUGGCCCUCGGGGACAAAGUACUCAUAUUCUCGACGUCCCUGUUCACGAUGGACACCUUGGAGUACUUCCUGCGAUCGAUCAACAAGUGGAGCUUGGGGCGGGACUACUAUCGCCUGGACGGCUCGGUGCCCGCGGAGGUGCGGCAGAAGUGGUGCAGGGAGUUUAACGCGCCGCAUAACCUUAGGACCAAGCUCUUCCUGAUAUCGACUCGCGCCGGCUGUCUCGGCUUGAACAUGACCGCCGCCAACCGAGUCAUAAUCCUCGACACGUCGUGGAAUCCCGCGCACGACAUUCAGAGCAUCUUCAGAGUCUACCGAUUCGGACAGAAGAAAGACUGCUUCAUAUAUCGUCUCGUCGCUAUGGGCACCAUGGAGCAGAAGAUGUACGAACGGUCGGUGACGAAGCAGGCGGUCUCCUGUCGGGUCGUCGACGAGCAGCAGAUCGACAGGCACUACAAUUCGGCCGAACUCACCGAGCUGUACAGCUGGGACGAGGACGGCUGGGGCGUGCUGGCGGGGAUGGCGCCGGGCGUUCGCGACCCGGCCCUGCUGCGCGUGGCGGGCGCCGGGGCCGUGCACGCCGUGCGCGAGCACGACUCGCUGCUGCGCGGUUCCGAGCCCGCGCUGCCCGAGGACGAGCGCGCCGCCGCCUGGCAACAGUUUCAGCUGGAGCACGCCGAAGGACAUCGAGCCCACGUGGUCACGGCCGCGAAGCGGACGGACGAAGCCAACCGCCUGCUGGACGCGAAGCCCCCCGCGAGAGCCUUCGAAGCUCUCGCCUCGACCGAACCGAUCCCGUCCUCGAAGAUCGCGAGGGCCAAGGGGAGAGCGAUCGCGGCCGACGUUCCCGACCGGGCCGAGAAGGGAGACCCGCCCGAGGACGACGACGCGGAGCACGAAUUAGUCAAAAAAAUUAUGAAGAUUCUCAUCUCUCACAAAUUUCACGAAACCGCCAAACCGGAAGAGAUCACCGCCCUCGUCGUCAACAUUAGGAGACUCGUCGUGUCCGGAAUGAGCGGUGAUAUUUCUAUCGACGAACCGGUGGCGAGCAGCAUCGCGUCGGUGCUUCUGAGAGACCUAAACUCGAGGUCGGCCUCCGCCCUCCCGGACGCCGCCGACGUUAUUCCGGUGCCCGAUAACGAGAGAUUAUCGAAAAGCGUGGGCGACGGGGCCGGCCGCGAUCCUGAUUCGGCUUCCAAAAGAAAGAAACGCUUCACGCGCAGAGCCGCCUUGAGAGCCGAACGGACUUUCGAAACUAUCGACGACGACCCCUCCAAUCACGCCGAGGAUAUCGAGUGGGAAGCGGGCGAGGGCCGCAAGAAGAAAUCCAAAUGCAAACACGACGAAAGCGAGGACGUGCCCCCGGACGGAAACUUGUCCGUCGAAAAAUCCCUCGCCUGCAGCAUCGUGAUCAGCGAUGACGAAGUCGACGAUGCGCCCGUCGUGACGCAAGAAAAGAGGAAGGAAAUCAAAUCGUAUUCGAAGAGUGGCAGGAGGAAGUCAAAGGGGUCGUCGAAACGGGGAGUCGAAAUGCGACCCGCCGAGGAAACCGACCGUGGAGAAGCGGUGCCGUUGCAUCCCUCUCUGUUGACGGACGAUAACUUCAUAAAGAUCGUAGCCCACACCUACUUGAAGGGAAACCCGAUGCUCGCGGCCGACGCGGCCGUGAUGGCCGCCCACUACAGCACCGGCAAGGCGCUCAAGGAGCUGCAGUCGUCGGGGAACCCCAUCACCGACGGACCCAUCUACGACAUCGCCGUCAGGAUCCUAGGUAAACCUCUAUUGAAGAGAAUGCAUCUGCCAGACGACGUAUCUUCUGCAUCGGCCUCUACUCGCGACAUACAAGCAAAAGUACAAACGUCUACAGCAAUUAAACCAGUGGUCCCUGCAUCAACGCCACCAUCGACUACUGCUCAGGUCAUAACAGACGAUGAGGACGAUCUACAGAUAGUGAUUUCGAAAGAAGAAACUCCCAAGAGGAAACCCUUCGUGGGACCCAAGUCACGUAAACUUCAGAUGGAAAAAAUGCAAGCUAAAGUGAGUCCACCGACCACGACCAUCGUCGAGAAGCCCGAGACUCCGCGACCGGGUGCGAGUAAUAUCUUCCCCGUCGGCAUGUUCAUCGGCCCCGGCCCCGGUAGUCCCGCUAAGAAAUCUUCCUAUGUGGAAGAGUGUAUUUUGCCCGAUGACGACGAUGACGUCAUCCUUGCGCCCGUUCGCCAGCCAUCUCCAAUUCCAAAAUGUACAACCGUUCAAUCCACGUCUCAAGAGGGCUUUCAGUUUAUUCGGCAGCCUCCUACUCGAGAGCCAACACUCGCCAAGAGACCUAGACCCGCCCAUCCACCGCUACCUGAUACCGCGCAGAUAAAUUAUCCCAAAUUAUUACCAAAACCGCAAACCUCUGUUCCAAUUCUUAAUCCCUCAAAACACACGUCUUCCGUGAACAAUGCUUCCACGACGUUUAACCGUGUACCAAACGAAAAAAUAACCCCGAAUACCACGAGAGCGUCGACUGCUAUCACAAUCAAUAAAACAGUAGAAAAAGUGAGUGAAGUAUCUGGAAGCAGUCAACCUAAAACAGCCAGUGUAGCAUUUAAUUCGGACCCUAUAUGUCUUUCGGACAGCGACGAUGACUCCACGAUGAAGCCUCAAGGAGCCGAGAUUCCCGUGAGUCUGUCGUCCUCCUUCCGAAACACUCCCGGCGCCGUUCCGACCCCCGCCCCACUUCUGCUACAGACAGCAAGUUUCAAGGCCAACAAUCCGUUCGUCCUUCCCCCUGCGAUCAAGAAUAUGUUAGACCCUACGAAAAAAUAUUAUUGCAUACCUUCGUCAUCGCUUCCUUUUCUCCAGACACAAAACAUCGUUUUGAAAGAACCGCCCUUAAUUACCGGCGUUAAUACACAUUCCGCUCCCAGAGUUAGUUCACAUACGGUUCCCGUCGAGAACGUCAUCCUGCCGAAGGAUAGUCCUUCGAGUAACGUGAUAACCAGUGCUGGACAAUUGCAAGUACAACAACAAGCUUCUACGACCGUUUCGCAUCCAACUAUCGCUCAACCUUUGCCGACAGCCGCCCAGGUGACGUAUGGUAAUAGACAAAAUAUCGCUCCGAAAACUAAAAGCACAACAAGCUGUGCGUCUAGCUAUGUCGUUAAAAUAAAUAAGAGUGGAGAAAGAAGAGUGGAUAUUAAAUCUAAUAUUAAACCAGGAACUGUAUCUGCUCGAAGUUCGGAAACGAAUCGUAAACAAAAUACUGUAUCCACGAAAGUGCUUCCCGAUAUCGAAAUACUGGACGAUGAUCCUCCGCCGACCACGAGUUCGACUACCAAUCGUACAUAUCGCACAAUUCGAUCCCCUACUCCUCCGGAUGACGAUCCUAUGUCAAUUUUCAAAAACGUUGUUCACAUUCAAGCCCCUUCGCCGGACAUAAUAGAAGGCAAAGGAAUAGCUAAGCAGACAGUACUACAAAAACCGCCUACGAAAUCGAAAACGGCCAGUCUACUGAAAUUAAACCUUUCCCAAAAACUUAGUGUUUUACAUGAAAGUGAUUAUAAAAAGAAAUUAAACGACCUACUUAGCCAAGACACCAGUAAGGCCAAACCCACUAUCACCCUAAUUAAAAAGACUGCGACGUCUGCGUCCAAAAAGCCGGCUUCGGUCACACUCGAUCUCACAGAUUUAGAAUCAAGUGAGGAUAAAAAAAGGCACAAACUGGAGCUACUCAAGAGAUUGGAGAAAGCCAAAUGGACGAAUGCAAACUUCAAAACGAACCUAAAGACUCAAACGAACGCGAGUUCUAGUACUGACCUCAGUGGUAAAUACUCGAGCCGCAUCAAACGCACUGCAACAAAUGCCUCCUCAACCAAGAAAGCUGCUGGCUCUUUUGUCGACUUAACGGCUUUCCCUGUACCGACACCGUCACCGAAAAAGACGCCUAAUUUGGACAAUAAACGUCCAUCGCCGUGGUCAAAACUUGAUAUGAAGAAACCUAAGAGGUUGCAAACUCUCGAAGAUUUCGACUUGGAUGAUAUUGACGAUAUCACUGAAUUAGAAUAA